AUGCCCAUGUCUCAUCUUCUCUGUGUAAUUCUCUUCCUUCUCUCAUCCUCUACACAAACAAGAACACUAGGUGACAACAGUGGUGAGAGUUUCUUCAAACAAUGUCCACCAACCAAAUGCACCAACAAAGGCCCAACAAUCAGAUUUCCUUUUAGGCUCAACACUCAGCCAUCCAUUUGUGGCCUUGAAGGAUAUGAAUUAUCAUGCUCUGGCAACAACACACUCAUCAACUUUCCUUUCUCAGGAAACUACUAUGUUAAAGAGAUUUCGUAUCGAGAAAGGACAAUUUCGCUCAUGGAAGUCCAUUACAAAAAUUGCCCAUUACAAAGCCUUAUGUCCUUUAAUCGAUCUGGUUCAAUCUUGGAUAAAUCAACCACCCCGUUCUUAUCUUUUGCUCUCGUAAAAUGCCUCGACAGAGUUGCAACAGAUCGAAUGAUAGGACCGAUUGAGUGUUUGCGCGACGAUGAUAGUCUAGUAUAUGUAAUGGAUGCUGAUGGAGCAAUGGAUAGGCUGCCAUUAAAUUGUCACACAUCUAAAACAGCCGAAAUAGCAAAUAGUGGGUUAAUACAUAGUGGUGUGAUUCCAGCAAUUGAGAGCCAGCUAAGAACUGGAGAGAUCAUUGAAGAAUGGAGAACUCUUGACUGCUACUAUGGUUGUGAAACAUCAUGGAAUUACUGUGCUUACAAUAGUACAAGUAAUGAAACCAUCUGUUAUAAUCCGAGGCACAAAAGUUCUCAUGUACCUUUGAUUAUAGGCACAAGGCUUCCAGGGGAACAACCUGAAGAAAAUGGGUACAAUAAAGCACUUAUAGAAAUGAGAAGUGUUUUUCCUNGCUCUGGCAACAACACACUCAUCAACUUUCCUUUCUCAGGAAACUACUAUGUUAAAGAGAUUUCGUAUCGAGAAAGGACAAUUUCGCUCAUGGAAGUCCAUUACAAAAAUUGCCCAUUACAAAGCCUUAUGUCCUUUAAUCGAUCUGAUUCAAUCUUGGAUAAAUCAACCACCCCGUUCUUAUCUUUUGCUCUCGUAAAAUGCCUCGACAGAGUUGCAACAGAUCGAAUGAUAGGACCGAUUGAGUGUUUGCGCGACGAUGAUAGUCUAGUAUAUGUAAUGGAUGCUGAUGGAGCAAUGGAUAGGCUGCCAUUAAAUUGUCACACAUCUAAAACAGCCGAAAUAGCAAAUAGUGGGUUAAUACAUAGUGGUGUGAUUCCAGCAAUUGAGAGCCAGCUAAGAACUGGAGAGAUCAUUGAAGAAUGGAGAACUCUUGACUGCUACUAUGGUUGUGAAACAUCAUGGAAUUACUGUGCUUACAAUAGUACAAGUAAUGAAACCAUCUGUUAUAAUCCGAGGCACAAAAGUUCUCAUGUACCUUUGAUUAUAGGCACAAGUAUUGGUGGCACCAUUUUACUUGCACCGGAUGGUGCUUAA